CUUUCGAAAGAAAAAUAUCUUAUUACUAAUAUUCCAUCUAUUCAGUAUUAUUUAACACAUCUUUUGAGCACCUAGUAUACUCAUAUAUACUGUGGAUACGAAAUAAUUAACUCAAUUUCCGAUUGAGCAGGUUAUGUUGAAGAAAUCGCGCUCAACGCGCGAUUGUUGCUCCUUCUCCUUGAAUUCAGAGAACAUUCGGAUGUAAUCAAAGUAUAUAUUAUAUAUUUCGCGCAACGUAUAUUCUAGGAACUCUCUUGGUCAAGAAUAUCAAGUUCCAGCGCGACGACGUGGCAAUGUCGUCCGGACGCGCGUAUGUCAGUUACGACUUCGAAGAAGGCUAAAUCAGGAAGACGUUGAUCGGUCUCGCCGAAUGACCAGCGCGUCACGUGCUAGACAAGUUUGAAACAACUUCCUUGAGAUGAACUGGGUCUAGAAUUAUUUUUUCAUAUAUCUUGAUGAUAGCAAAAUAAAAUAUCAGUCAUGUUCAUAAAGCUAACAUUCAUAUUAUUAAUAAGUUUAUGAAGCAAUUUAUAGUGAUACAAGUGAAUUAAUUAUUUAAUUGACUAUUUAUGUUUUUAAUCCAUAAAUGAUUGUGACUUUCAGAAGAUAUUUCUGUUUCUGAAAUUACUUCCUGAAAUUAUGAAUGCAAUCAUGUAAAAUUUAGAGUCAGACAAGAGGAAGAUGACGCCGCAUUUUACAGCUUUGACUUCAGUGCGGAAGCGAUGUCUGAUUGUACUCUUAUUAGUUCUGGUACCUUGCGCGAUUCUGAAUCUGCUGAUGCCUUCGGACAUGCGAGAGGAGGCUAUAUUGCAGAACAGCAUUGCGGAGUUGCAAGCCAAGCUAGAGCAUUUGCAUGCCAAAUACAUUGGCAGCCAGGAGGAAAUAAAUUUAUUAUCCCAUCAACUAUUACAACUGGUUGAGAACAAUCACAUUCUGCCAGAUUUGCAACUACUCAUCAAUAAUGGUACCUCUAAUAUUACCAGUAUCAAAUUGCCUUCAAUUUACAACUUUCUGCCGCAUUUUCUCAACGAUCCAAAUAGCCUGCGUCCGGCGUUUGUGCAAAGCAAGGGUAGAUCAGGCGUGAGUAUGGUGUUAGGGGUACCAACGGUGAAGCGCGAGGUUCAAUCCUAUCUUAUGGCAACUCUAAAAAACUUAUUGGAUCGCAUGAACGCCGCGGAAACUGCAGACACGCUGAUUAUCGUUUUAGUGGCUGAAACAGACAUGGACUAUGUAACAUAUGUUGCAAAGCAAAUUGAAGUCCAAUUUCCGAACGAAUGCGAAGCUGGCGUGAUUGAUGUGAUAUCGCCAUCAUCAUCCUUUUAUCCGGAUUUGUCGAAAUUGCGCGAUACCCUCGGCGAUGAUCAUCAACGUGUCGUAUGGCGAUCCAAACAGAACCUGGACUUUGCGUUCCUCAUGUCUUACGCUCAGACUAAAGGCAUGUUUUAUGUGCAACUGGAAGACGAUAUUUUGGCCAAGAAGAACUUUGUAACUACUAUGAAAACAUUUGCAUUGCAGAAGAUUGGCACAAAGGAGAAUUGGUUUGUCCUCGAUUUCUGUCAGCUCGGGUUUAUCGGGAAACUGUUCAAAUGUGUGGAAUUGCCUUGGUUGAUCCAAUUCUUUUUAAUGUUUCACAAUGACAAACCUGUUGAUUGGUUAUUGGAUCACUUGAUAUCGACAAAAGUCUGCAGUCUUGAUAAAGAUAGUAAACACUGCAAAAUGGCUAAAGCAGAAUUGUGGGUACAUUAUAAGCCCUCUCUCUUUCAACACAUAGGAACACACUCUUCUUUAAAGGGCAAAGUGCAAAAACUCAAGGACAAGCAAUUUGGAAAGAUAACGCUGUUCUAUGCUCAUGAGAAUCCUGAGGCGACUGUAGAAACUCAAAUCAAACCUUACAAACAGUAUACUUUGCAAAAAGCAUACAAAGGCGAAUCGUUCUUCUGGGGUUUGCUGCCACAGCCAGGAGAUCAUCUAAAGUUUAAAUUUUCACAUCCUAUUUUUAUAAAAAAGUACUUAUUUAGAAGUGGAAAUCCUGAACAUCCAUCUGAUAGAUUUUACAAUACAACAGUGGAAGUACUCUCCGAGAUGUCUUUAUUGUUAGAUAGGAAUAGCAAUGAUGUGACGGAGGAUGGCUAUGUUAUUAUAGGUAAAUUUGACGUGCUUGGCGUUGCUGAAGGGACCGUGGAUCGAAGAUUGGGUAGAAUAUCAGUGCUUCGUUUAACUAUACACAGUGAGAGCGAAAAUUGGGCCAUUUUAUCCGAGAUUCACAUAGUAGAGGAUCAACCUAGCUGACUAAAGAAUGAAGAUUCUCGAAUGUUGUUUCGAUACCACCUGCAUGGUUAGCGUAAGCGACUGGUUUUAUAAAUAUUUAUUAUUUUUCUAUUUUCUAUUUUGCUAUCACGCAUGUUACAUUGAGUGGAGCAAUAUAGCAGUUAUUAUUUCAAUACCGUC